CAUGUGACGUUUUGCGACCCGGAAGCACGUUUCGAAAUGCAAUAGAAAAACAAUGGUAAAUUUACCCAGGGAGAGAAAAUCUAUAAAUAUAGCGAAGGCCGAAUUUCGCUAAACAACAAUAUUAUCGUCCCGUGAAUAAUUUUAGCCGCGUUUAAAGCAGCUGAAUCAUCACGAAUUCAGUCAAUUAAACGACUUUUCUCAUGGCGAAAAUAGCAACUCGAAUUUCCAGUGCUCGCGUUGUAGAAUAUCGACCAACCUAGAUGAGUCAGUCGUUUUGGUAUCACAGUCAUCUUGUUUCUAGAAAAUAAAAGCACUGUUAUAUCAUACGAAUCGUAGCUUUACGUGUUGAUACCGUUUAAACGGAAAGAUUAGUUCCCGAGGAGCAUAGCGUUUAACGCGUUAACGAUCAACGUUGAUCGAAAGGAUGCCACGUGUGAGUGGCGACCACGUGUUAGGGGUGUGGAAUGAUUUCGGAAGAGGGUGGAAUUGCACGUGACCGGUGCCGUUAAUAGGAUCACGGUGAAACUACAUUUUAAGGUCAGCAGAUUAUCGGAACAAUGUCAUUCGUUCGUCGAAGCCCUAAGGUGAACGAUGGAUUUCACCCACAAGCGAGUGUACCAUAUUCUGUCGUCCAUUCUGGAUCCGCUUGUCACGGAGCCGGUCGACGAGAACGUCGAGGAUGAAACGUAGCGUCAAUCAAUUCGCGUACAAUCGAAGUUAAUGAACAAAAGUCUCGCGAGCUACCAGUGUUCGUUGUUCGUCUGGUGUCGGUGUCGAUACGCGAUGAAAUCGAUCAAACGCGGUAGAUCAAAGUCGACCAGUGACUUCUAUUCGGUGAAUCUCGACGAACUCGACGAUCAGUUGCCCGAGAAACAGAUGAAAUUAUCAAAAACGUCAUUCCGUCUGGACGACGUUCCAGAAUGUUCGAAGGGGAAGAAUUACUUCCCUAACUGCAACUCGUCCGUGUGGACCAGGUCCUGCGAACAGGAAGUGAUGGAACCGAUCCUCGGCGACAUCACCGGGCAGAUUCCACCAUGGCUGAAGGGCACUCUGCUGAGAAACGGGCCUGGGAGUCUGAAAGUCGGAGAAUAUACCUUCAACCACCUGUUCGAUAGUUCUGCUUUGCUGCACCGAUUCGCGAUUGCUGAUGGAAAAGUGACGUAUCAGUGCAGAUUCGUGCAAACGGACGUAUACAAGAAGAACAAAGCGGCUCAAAGAAUAGUUGUUACAGAAUUUGGCACGAAAGCUGUGCCUGAUCCUUGCAAGAGUAUCUUUCAAAGGGUCGCGACAGUGUUCAAUCCUGAAAACGAGUCGGAUAAUUCGAUGAUAUCCGUCUAUCCGUUCGGCGACGAGUUUUAUACUUUCGCAGAAUCGGCGGUAAUUCAUCGCAUAAAUCCAGAAACUUUGGAAACUACGGGCAAGAUAAACGUGUCUGACUAUGUCAGCAUCGUGAACCACACAUCCCACCCUCACGUGAUGAAAGAUGGAACCGUUUACAACAUAGGAAUGAGCAUAAAUCCGCGUGGACCCAUGUACAAUGUUGUGUGUUUUAUGCCCAGCCGUGUUGUCAUAGACGAUUCAGGGAGAGAAAAGAAGCUCUCUAUGUUCGAUCAAGCCACUAUCGUCGCCAGUGUCCCGUCCAGGUGGCUGCUGAAUCCAUCCUACAUGCACACGUUUGGUAUCACUGAAAACUAUUUCAUAAUUAUCGAACAACCCCUGGCGGUCUCUCUUACCACUGUAAUAUCCUGCAAAGUGAGGCAGGAACCAAUGCAUGCGGCUUUAAAGUGGCACGAAAAUGAAAACACCCUCAUACACUUGGUUUCGAGGAAGACUGGGUCACUGAAGAGGACCUUCGUCACGGAAGUAUUUUUCUAUCUUCAUAUAAUCAACCAGUUCGAGACGCAGGAUCGCGACUACGUGGUCCUGGACAUUUGCUGUUAUCGCGACGCGAAGAUGUUGGAUUGCAUGUUCGUGGAAUCAAUGAAGAAUUUGCACGAGAAUCCCGAUUAUGCUAAGAUGUUCCGGAGCAGGCCUCUGCGGUUCGUAUUACCGAUGAAGCAACCACAAUUAACAGUACCCUUAGAGUACGAUUUGAUAACAGUGAAAACGGUGAAUCAACGCUUAGUAUCGUCUCAAAACAUCGACGAACCAAUCGACGAUUCGAUCAAAAAUUCUAUGAACAGCAAAAGUGCCUGCAGAAAUAAUCUUUUAAGAAAAGCAUCUGCUCACAGACUCUCGAAUGGGAAUGUUUAUCUAAAACCGGAACUUCUCUGCAAUUUAGGGUGCGAGACACCGCGACUCAAUUACGAUUCUUACCUUGGCAAAGAGUACCGCUACUUCUACGCAAUCUCCAGCGACGUGGACCUGGAGAAUCCUGGAACGAUCAUCAAGGUGGACGUUGUGAAGAAAACUAGGAAGACGUGGUACGAGAAGGAUGUCUACCCUAGUGAGCCAAUUUUCGUACCGGAUCCCAAUGGGAAGAACGAGGACGACGGCGUUGUACUGAGCGCUAUUGUGUGGUCGGAGAAGGAGACCCAGGUGGGUCUGUUGAUCCUAGACGCCGUGACUCUCACAGAAGUCGCGAGAUCUACCUUUGUCGCUCCUGGCCCGGUGCCAAAGUGCUUGCAUGGCUGGUUCACCUUGGCCAAGUAGACUGAACCCGAGAUUCCAGAACGUCCAGCGACGUAUUUUUCAGCUCAUAUUGAAAAUAUAACCUAGAUUUCACUCCACAUGGUGGAGGAAAACGACCAAGUUUGCGUAAAAAUUCAGAAUCUUCUAUCAUUUCAACUUCAAUUCAACUUUUUCUCUUUAUCAAAAAAUAAGUCUUUGACAUAAACUAUUUUUUUUUAUGUUGAACAGUCUUAAUAAAGGUCCAAAUGGUAUAGCGAUCAAUUCCAAAACCAGAUUACAAUAUUCAAAACGCAUGGAAGGAUUUUGACACAAACUUUGUCGUUCUGCACACAAAUUUUGUGUGAUAGUUUCGAUACCAGAAAGACUGUCAAAAUGAUAUAGCGAUUAAUAGACCACGGAUCUUUAUGCAAAUUUAUAUUUGUAUUAAUAGAAUUAACGAAAU